UGUGUUGUCGUUAAGACUACAUAUCCCAGAAUGCAACGCAGCUGCGUUGUGUAAGUUUCCAGCGUCUUCCAGGAGAAGCACUUCCACUCAGCCGGAGGCGCGAACGACCGCAGGGAAGACAAAACUUUUACGAAUAACAUAUUCCUCUAAAAGACUGCGAGUACUUCGUUUGGAAAAAAGUAUACAGAAGCGUUCAGCGUAACGAAAGUAGCAGAGACGAAGCGGAAUAGGUAACCCGGAAAACAGGAGGUUAAGAAAAAGGAAAAGAGGGCCUGAGAAAAUGUCCUCUGCUUCACAGGCAUCUUCCAGGCGGCAGUGGUGUUACCUCUGUGACCUCCCCAAAAUGCCCUGGGCGAUGAUCUGGGACUUCAGCGAGGCUGUAUGUCGAGGAUGUGUGAACUACGAGGGGGCAGACAGGAUUGAGUUCCUCAUUGAAACUGCCCGGCAACUCAAGAGAACACAUGUAAUGCAGGACGGCAGGUCUCCUGGCCCCCAGCCAGGUAAACACGGCAAGGAUGGGCCGAUGGAGGGCGGGAGACAGUCGGCAGAGCGUUUUGACCGUGGACGGGGGGACUAUGGGGUGCCGACACGUCUUCCUAACGGGCUCCCUAGGCCCGAAGACGGCGGUCCUCCGGAAGUAAGCAGGCAGAGCCCUAAUGCCAGAAGGGCCAUGGUGGGCACUGUGCCCCCGAACCUGAUGGCCCAGAGCUUGGUGGGGACCCCACAUGGCUUGUUGGCAGCCGUGCCAGGCCUCAACUCCAGAUCUGGUGGGACCCUCACUAUCUCCUCCCCGAUUCUCAACGAGAUCAGCAAGCGGCAGGUGAUGGGCAUGGGGAUGGGCAUGGCCUCCUUUAUUAGUCCUGAUUUUGAGAAAGAGCUGAAAGAGAAGCAAAGGAAUGCCGAAGCCCUGGCAGAGCUUUCGGAGAGUGUCCGAAACCGCGCGGAUGACUGGGCCAGUCGGCCCAAGACCGUACGGGAUAUCCUGCAAACUCUCUCCAACUGCACCCCCUUCAACGUGCGCUUUAAGAAGGAUCACAGCCUAGUGGGCCGCAUCUUUGCGUUUGAUGCAAAGCUGGGUCUGGAGUUUGAACUUAAGGUGUUUGUUGAGUACCCCUGUGGCUCUGGCAAUGUUUUCUCCAGCUUGGUCAGCCUCGUAAAGCAGAUGUUCCAUGAUAGCCAGAAGGACACAGGCAACAAAGUAAUCAGCUCGGGGUUUAAGUAUGUGGAGUAUGAGAAACGGCAUGGCACCGGAGACUGGCGCCUUCUCUCUGAGCUGCUUCCUGAUGGUGUGCGAGCUUUCAAGGAGGUCCCAGGGCCUGAGGUACUCCCUCAGCCCUACCUGGAUGCCAACUGUUCUAUGCUACCCACUGCCUUGUGCAAUAUGGGUCGCUCGGCCCAGUCUCGUGUGCGCCGUCGAAAGGCAUCCCCUGAACCUGAGAUUGGAGGGGACAAGGUGUUGACUGAGGAGCAGCUGCGGCAGCAAUGGCACCCUGGGACUUCAGUCGGGGGACUGUAUGCGGGUAUGACUGCCCAUUUGCCUGGCAUCCCCAUGUCUGCCGUUGGCCAGGCUCCAUCCAUGCCAGAGGGGUCAGGUGCGCACAGCGACCCGUCUCCAAUAUCAGCACUAAUGAGCGUAGCUGAUAACCUUGGCAGUGCUGGGCAAUCGCCUAAAGAUGCUACACCAAGCAGCAGCAGCAGCAGUCUGGCCCACUCCAUGGGGGCACGCCAGAAUAGCGGCAGUCCGUCUGCAGCCACGUCGGCUGGCCAGCAGCGCCGACUUGCCUCUCGCAAUGGAGAGCCCCACAGCAGUGGAAGUUCGUCAUGUGCCAGCAGUAGUGGUGCAGCCCUCCCACUUGCCCCUGCUGGUGACCAUGGUGCUGCUCCUGGGGGGGAGCCUGCAGCAGCUGUUGCCAGCACCCCACUGUGUUGCACCAUCUGCCACGAGCGCCUGGAGGACACGCAUUUUGUCCAGUGUCCAUCUGUGCCCAGCCACAAGUUCUGCUUCCCCUGUACGCGUAAUUUCAUCCGAGGGCAGAGUGCUGGCAGUGAGGUUUACUGCCCUAGUGGAGAGAAGUGCCCCCUCGUGGGAUCCAAUGUGCCCUGGGCCUUCAUGCAGGGUGAGAUCGCUACCAUCCUGGCUGGGGAUGUGAAGGUGAAGAAGGAGCGUGACCCCUGAUUGCAAUGGAUAGUUAAGGCUUGUACAAGUGCCAUCAAGAAGAGGCUGGAGAGAACCAUUCUCCCUGCGAUUUCCCCCGCCCCAACUCCCCCCCAGACCAGGAGUGUUGGAGGCAUGUUCCCAUUUCCCUACCCACUGCAAGGUGAUGCUGUCAAGGGGCUUGGUGAGAAGAUGUCUCCUCACUUUUUGUUAGCAACUUUUAAAAUAAGAAUGGGUUGGAUUAUUACAACGUUUAACAAAUAUAUGAAUGUACUGUCUACAGAAGUGUCAAGUUACAAUAGUAAAGAAAGUAUCAUUUGCAAUACAAAUACACAUGGUUCUGCUUCAUUUUCUACCUUUUUGCUGUUUACAAACUUGAAGAAUGUCAUUUGACAUGAGGAUUGUUUUUCCUCUGUCAUGAAAGCAACUGCCAACAUUGUUUUGACAAUCCGAGAAAACAAGACUGGAACUUCUAGUUCUGUUAGUACUGCAGCAAAGGCCCCUUGUCCAGCAUGCAUAAUGUAGAUCUCUUUAUAUUUUAUAUUGUGCACACAGAUGUAGGAAUUCUUUCAAGAUUAUAUACACACUAUAUAAAACGUGCAGUCUUUAGUUUUGAUACCAUAUGGCUUUAUGUGUCACAGAGUAAAUAAGUGAAUAGAAAACCAAAGAUGGCUUCAUGCUGAUAUGUACAAGCUCUGUAAUGCCGUAUUCUAUAUUUCUGGAGUAUUUGGCUUUUUAUAUGUGUAAAGUAACAGGGAAAUAAUGCGCUAGUGAGGAUUCGUCUAGAACAUACAUAGAGAGCAUUCAGGGACUACACAGAUAUAACGAUCCAAGCACCACAAUGUGUUCUUGUUACCAUCUAUUUCUAAACUGAUACACCCCUGAAUUAAAGUGUAGUCAUAGAGUUUAUUGUGUAUUGUCAAUAGAGUAACGCUCUUGUGCUAUGCAGUUGUAUUUUUGGCUUGAUCAAAAAGUGGUUAAUUUCUAAUGAAAUUGUUGGAAAGAUCGAGCCAUUUUCUUUAAAUUUAAAUUUCUGAAUUCACUUUUUUUUUCCC